GUCUGGAAAAGUGGCAAUGUUAGUUCCAGUUUGGCUGCCGUUUGGCGAAUAUCAUCCGGCCAAGAACUUUACACCUCAGUGUUUUACGUGCCCCCCAGUGUAACAAGAUGGUACCCUCGACAGCUCGCAGUGUCACGUUUGCGGUGUGUUUGGUCCUGAUCGCGGCAACGCUCGUGAACAGUGCGCCACAGAAGAAGUUCCCCUUCACGAAGCCACGUUUGGCCGUCCCGGAACCGGAAGCACGGUCAAGCGCCGAAGACGAACCGGCCACAUCCGACGAGGCUACAGCACAGGAAGCGAGUGAGGAAUCGCUGGAGAAGAUACAGGCAAAGUCGGCCCAGUACUCGUACGACACCUCUGUAAACGAUACGAUCAACGAUCAUGCGAUCAUGCGCCAGGAGGAACGCAACGGCCUGUCGCUGAAGGGCAUGUACUCGUACAGCGAUGGGUUCUUCAAGCGCACCGUACACUACGAGGCCGACGAUAAAGGUUACCGUGUGGUGAAGGAGAUUAACAUCCCGAUCGGUAAUGGGCCACAGGUCGAUCCGCAUGGGAAGGCCGACGUAUCAUCCUCCCUGACCGGUUCGUACUCGAUCACCGCCGAUGACAUUGCCAAGCCGAAGCGUAAAGGAGUGUCGGCGUCGGAGGAGGAUGCGGCGGCCACAUCAUCGGAGGAAGAGCAGCCGGACGACGAUCAAGCGGAAUCGAACGAGACACAGCAGUGAGGGAAGUAGUUUUGCGCUGUUAUUACCUGUAUUCGGUCCGGUUGGUGUCAUGCAAUAAACAAGCACGUGUUAUUUAUGAACAAAUGCGCAGGAUGUUGUUGAUGAUCGUUGCUUUAGAGUGCGUAGAUCUAUUCGUUCGGAGUGUAUGGUUAUUCUACCGAAAUUAGAAAUAUGACCUUUCGAUCUAAAAUGCCAAUGUUUAGUUUAAACAGAUUUUGAAUAUAACCUCAUCGACAAGUAUUUGAGUUAAAGGCAA